UUUGUACUUUCUCCUCUCGGGCCUCCGGCAACAGCAGCGGCACCCAGAGCCUCAUCCUCAUGUCCUGCCUGAGCCCUUCGCAGCUCCAGAAGUUUCAGGAGGAUGGAUUCCUGGUGCUGGAAGGAUUUUUCUCUGCCGAUGAAUGUGCCGUCAUGCAACAGAGGAUUGGCAAGCUAGUGGCUGACAUGGAUGUCCCUGUCCACUGCCGCAUAGAAUUUUCUACCCGGGAAGAGGGGCAGCUGAGAACCAAAGGCCAGGGUGACAAAGACUAUUUCUUGAGCAGUGGUGACAAGAUUCGAUACUUCUUUGAGAAAGACGUUUUCGACGAGAAAGGAAAUUUCCUGGUCCCUCCGGAGAAAUCCAUCAAUAAAAUUGGCCACGCUCUGCAUGCCUAUGACCCUGUCUUCAGGAGUGUCACACACUCCCCCAAGGUGCAGGCCUUGGCCAAAAGUCUGGGCUUCCAGAUGCCCGUGGUCGUGCAGAGCAUGUACAUCUUCAAGCAACCUCACUUUGGUGGCGAAGUCGACCCUCACCAGGACUCCACCUUCCUGCACACGGAGCCGCUGGGCCGGCUGCUGGGCCUGUGGAUAGCGCUGGAGAAUGCCACUCUGGAGAACGGCUGCCUCUGGUUCAUCCCAGGCUCCCAUACCGGUGGGGUGUCAAGAAGGCUGGUACGGACCAGUGAUGGCUCAAAGCCUGACGUCACCUUCCUUGGGUCAGAGCCUGUCCGGGAUGCCAGCCUCUUUGUGCCCACCCCAGCGCGGAGAGGGGACCUCAUCCUAAUUCACGGGGAAGUGGUACACAAGAGUGAGAAGAACCUCUCCGACCGCUCACGCCACGCCUAUACUUUCCAUUUCAUGGAGAGCUUGGGCACUGUCUGGAGCCCGGAGAACUGGCUCCAGCCCUCAGCUGAGCUGCCCUUUCCCCCACUGUACACCUGAGCGCCCUCUCCAGGCUGGGCCUGGCCCCUCAAGGGGAAGCUGUGGGCCCCACGUACCAGUGCCUCGCCGGCUGCCCAGCUGCCAAGGGGAAGUCGAAUCUGUCCCCCUGCGCUUUCUUCCUGCCAGGGUCUGUGCCCCUCAGCCCUGCAGACAGAAGGGCGGGAGGUAGCCAGCGGGGCAGCAGGAGCCCCCGGUAGGACGGUAGGACGGUUGGCUUUCGGGAAACCUCCCUCUCUCUGCUUCUCUCCUGCUCCACCCCAGCCUCCCCCAGGGGAGGCAGCCUUUCACCAUGAAAGCAUUCUGGCCACUUCUCUGCUAGCUUCCCACUGUUCUCUCCUCUCAGAUGCAAUUCACAUUAAUAUGGUACAAGACAUACAAUAAAACCAACUUCUGGAUGCA